AACACUCUUUUUUUCCCUACAGGGUGUUCAGGGACCUCGAGGCGCUCCUGGACCGCGUGGACUUCCUGGACCGCCGGGUCCACCGGUAAUCCCACUGGCUAUGAAACAAGAUUUCGGUCUUGGAGUGGCCCAGCCAGUUUUUAGGGAGACAAACACACAGAAAAUAGAGGGUCGGGGUCUGAUGGACAUGCCGAUGUUGGAUCAGGCUCCAGAGAUCCUGCGGACUCUCCAUUACCUGAGCUCUCUGGUCCACAGUCUGAAGAACCCGCUGGGCACACGAGAUCAUCCUGCUCGACUCUGCAAGGACCUGCACGACUGCCGGGAUACACUCAACGAUGGCACUUAUUGGAUCGACCCGAACCUGGGCUGCUCCUCAGACUCUAUAGAAGUGAUGUGCAGUUUCAGCGGUGGUGGACGCACCUGUCUCAGGCCCAUCAGCACAGCCAAGCUGGAGUUCAGUGUCGGACGCGUCCAGAUGAACUUCCUGCACCUGCUGAGCGCCGGAGCAGAGCAACGAAUCACUAUCCACUGCCUGAACGUGACAAUCUGGAGCCACGCGCCCUCCCUGCCCCCGUCCCAGAGCGCUGUUCGCUUCCACGCGUGGAGUGGGGAGCCGCUGGAGCCGGACGUGUUAGCAGACUCCUGCUGGCAACUGAACGGGCGCUGGCAACAUGCUGACUUCCUGUUCCGGGUGUCAGACCCCACCUUACUUCCUGUCAUACGCAUUAGCAACCUACCGAAGACAACGGCCUCAUCACGCUUUCACCUAGAAGUCGGACCUGUGUGCUUUCUAUAGUGUGUGUGUGUGUGUGUGUGUGAGAGAUUGUGAGUGUGUGUGCGCUCCUCAAACACACACUGACCCACCCACAGCCCGCCCCCUUCAGUAUUCAG